AUGGCGUCCAAGUGGACGAGCUCGGCCAACGAGGCGCUGUGCCUGCGCCUGGACGGUGCGCCGUCGCCGCGCGACCGCGUGUUCCAUCCGGACUUUACGUACCCCAUCUUUGGAGAGGCCGAGACGAUCUUUGGGUACCAGGACUUGCAUAUCCACCUCUCGUUCGCCUCGGGCAGCCUGCGGCCCUGCCUCGAUGUGCAGUACAAGGCGAAGAACACAAAGACGACGGCCAAGAUCAUGGAUGUCGCAGAGACACUGAGCGAGUUUCUCCCCGCUGACGAGCUCGUGGCGCCGGGCGAGUGGCCGGCCGUGGUCGAGGCAGAGCGCGCGUCGUUCCAGCCGCAUGGCACGCGCGUAGGCAGCUAUACACGCCAGGACAAGAGCCGCGGCGGCGGCGAGCGCGAGUUUGUGGUCUUCCGCGCUACCUUCGACACGCCCGGCUUCCGCGCGUGGCACGAGCGCGUGCAAAUUUUUGCGCUCCUUUUUAUCGAGGGCGCCUCGUACAUUGACGACGACGAUACGCGCUGGGAGUUUUACACGCUGUUUGAGCGCGUACAGGAUCGUGGCGAGUCCUGGCACUUUGUGGGCUACACGUCGCUGUACCGCUUCUGGUGCUGGCCCGACCAGACGCGACUGCGUCUCAGCCAGUUUGUCAUCCUCCCGCCGUACCAGCAGCAGCGCCACGGCUCGGAGCUGUACAAAGCUGUAUACGACGCGGCGCUGGGCGAUGCAUCGAUCUGCGAACUAUCGAUUGAGGACCCGUCCGAGCGCUUCGACCGCUUGCGCGACUCGUGCGACCUGGCGCGCCUCCAGCGCGACGCGACGCUCGUGACGAAGCUCGCCGCGCCGAUGGACCGCACUUGGUACCGUGCCGCGCGCACGCAGUACAAGAUGGCGCCCCGCCAGUGGGCGCGCAUACUCGAGAUGCUUGCGCUCGUGCGCCUCGACGACGAGCCGGCCAGCCUGCAAGCGUACCGCCUGCAGGUCAAGGCGCGCCUGUACGGCGUCAACCGCGAAGUCCUCGACUUGCUGCCGCGCGAGCAGCGCCUCGAGAAGCUCCACGAGACGUUUGAGGCCGUCGUCGACGAGUACGCGGAGAUCACCGGCGCUGACAUCCCCGAGGCCCUCUUGGCGCGGCCGGCCGCGCCCGGCGAGCGCAAGCGCGCCGCAGACGCUGGGGCUACGACGAGCAAGAUGCCUCGCCUGCUGUAG